UUUUACGAACCAGGAGGAAGGCUUAGGCGCAAAUGUCAAACUCUGGAGGGACUUCAGAAAGAUUUGAAGCAAACAAAGUUGCUGUGUUCUCGAUCUCUUUUUUUCAUUUUCGGUUUGUAGACUUUUGGAUCGCAUAAUAAACGACAUAUAUGUGUUUACAUGUGUAAAUCAGUUUAGACUAUUUGGUUUAAACUUGGUCGGCGCGGUGGAUUUUCUGGUGAGGUCUGGUGAUUGAUCUGGAAAUAUCAGCGCCACACACUCCUCCAUCCCGGCGGGGCUGAGGGAAAGUAAGAAACCACCUGUUGUCAAAGUUUCCUGGAGCUUCUCACGGAUAAACCCGAGCUGCUAAAACAAGCCACCGGACAGAGCCGAGGGCGGGGAAUGCCUCUUUUACGGUGUCUAAUGAGUGACGCUCUCCACUGACCUCUCCCGGGCACCCCGUUGAGUGUUUGCAGUGAGCAUGGUGCCAUGGUGUCCCGGGCUCGGAUGAGCAGCACGGUGGAGCUCUGGUUGGGAUGGCUCGGGAGGACGCGGUGAGGUGUCUGCGCUGUCUGCUCUAUGCGCUCAACUUACUGUUCUGGCUGAUGUCAGCAUGUGUGCUGGGAGUGGCAGCGUGGAUCAGAGACUCUCUGAACACCGUCCUGACCCUGACAGCCCACACCAGGCUGGAAGAAGCAGCCGUGCUCACAUAUUCUCCAGCUGUGCAUCCUGUUGUCAUCGCUGUGUGCUGCUUCCUCCUCAUUGUCGCCAUGGUGGGGUACUGCGGCACGCUCAGAUGCAAUCUGCUGCUACUGUCCUGGUAUUUCUGCAGUCUUUUAGUUAUCUUCUGUGUGGAGCUGGCCAGCGCUGUCUGGACCUAUGACCAGUCGUCGGUGCAGCGCUCAGAUAUGAUCAGCCUGAAGUCUCGGAUGUCGAAUUACGGCCUGCAGCGUUACCAGUGGCUCACACACACCUGGAACAGCUUCCAGACAGAGUUUAAAUGCUGUGGUGUGAUCUACUUCACUGAUUGGUUGGAGAUGACAGAGAUGGAGUGGCCACCUGACUCCUGCUGCUUCAAUCAGUAUCCAGGCUGCGCCCGUCAUGCCCACUACCAUGACCUCAGCGACCUGCACCAGGACGGCUGUGGUCCAAAGAUCUACAGUUUUAUUCGUGGGACAAAGCAGCUGCAGGUGCUGCGUUUCCUUGGUGUGUCCAUCGGUGUGGCUCAGAUCCUGGCCAUGGCGCUCACCCUCAUGCUGCUAUGGGCACUGUAUUAUGGACGCAAGUCUUCAGAGCUGGACUCCACAACACUGGAAAUGGCACUGGAUGACUCCACCCUCCUCACAAUGACACAUGGACCUCCGUCUGAAGCUACAAAACUGGGCUGCAACCACACAAAUAAAGGCUGUCCUAACACCACAGCAAAUGACCACCAGUUUGAGAUGGAGCAUCUGUCCUAGUAGAUGGAGCAGCCCAAAGACACUGAGGGAAAGUAGAGACUAAUUCAGUAUUAACAACAUUUCACUCACCAAAUUAAUAUCUGAAAUCUGUGAAGAGGGAGAUGCUAAAGCAAAACACGAGCCGUUGAUCAGUUUGGAGGCCUGCCCUGACUCACUGUACAGUACAGCAUUUGUGCUCCAACUGUGAGUUAGGUGUUAUUACAGACAUUUCAGGUCUGUUCAGUUUUACCUCCAAAUAAAAUGGUUAAAAUAAAAAUAAUAAAGUUAUACAGCAACUUUCACAAUACAGGACUACAAUGUGCAUUGGUAUUAACUCAUGUCUUCUUUUUGUGAGCAACACUAAAAUUCGAGGAUAUUCAAUGUAAGAUUUGAUAAUAAUACAUAAAAAUAUU